GGUGCUGGAGGUGAGAGGUGAAGGGUUUUCAGCUGUCAGGACUUUAGUGGUAGCCCACGUCUUAUACUAACAGUAGAUGCCAAGAAAAAUUAGGCGAGAGGGAAGUUGUCCCCCCUUCCCUGGAGGGCGUUGAUUACCGCCAGAUCAACCCCGACUUCGCUCCAUUGGAUGAUCGGUCAGAGCACACCGAGCAGCAGAACCAUGUCCGAUACGCAGAGAUGAUUGACUUCAUCCGCAACCGCCCCAAAUCCAUCUACGAUCUUCCUGGUUGUGCAGAUGCGUUGAUCGCUCUCGAGGAGGCUCGCAAGAGAGACUUGGAAGACUGGAUGGACGAGAACGGCUUUGAUGUUGUCGUCUUUCCCACGAAUGGCGACGUGGGAAGAGCUGAUUCUGAGGAUAAUCGCGAGUCCAUGGCAUACUCCCUACGGGACGGGUUGAAGUACUCUAAUGGUAACCGCGCCUUGAAACACUUGGGUGUGCCCGCCAUCACUGUGCCGAUGGGAACGCUGUCUGACAAGAAGAUUCCUGUCGGGUUGACAUCCACGGGCAAGGCUUGGACCGACAGCGAGCUAUUGCGAUAUGCAUAUGCAUUUGAGUCCUCAAGACGACGAAGAGACAGCCCCUCAUUGGCACUUCAGCUGGACUCUGAUAUUAUCUCAGUCAGUUUGGCUCGAGGACAUGUCCAGCAACCGAGGAAGAUGGAGUUGGUCGUAUCUCGUGUGGUUGCAGAAGAUGCCUCAACAGGAGCCUUGAUAAGCCGGCAUGUCGCUCUCAGCGGGUUAUUGAAAGUCGACGAUUCGUCUGAGGAGCCACAUGCAGUGUCGAUGCAGGUCUUCGUCAAUGGAGACCGGAUGGAGUCUCCCAUACUUAAGGGUAGCCGAUGGGAAUGGUCUGGAUUGUUGAAACGGGAGAAGAUCAAGGAGAGAUACCCAGUUCAGGGCAAGAUUGCUCGAGAUCAGUUCAUGGUUGUGGUACUUGCUCAGACUUCAGAUGGUUACUCGAGUGGCCGCUUGGUCAUGAUCGACUGA